GAGUUAAAAUGAUUCACUCGACUGACGUGAAAGAAUUUACGUUUCUUAAUUUACCGUCUCCUUGAAAAGUGUUAAACGCGUUUUAAUAGUCGUCUGCAAUUUUUGUGAGUGGAUCGACUUUUUUUUAAUUCUUCUUAUUCAAAUUACUUAGUAUUAAAAUGAGCGCUCCUAAUAUUAAGAAGAAUAAAAACGACUCUAACAGGGAUGUUAGUGAUACAGACCUUUCAAAGGAAGCGAAAAGUAUGAUAGAAAAAUUCCUAGGCGAUGUCAGCAAAACUUCAGCUACAAAACAAAUUAUCAUCGGCACUACGUCAGGAUGGAUGACCGGAUUUUUGACGAUGAAAGUAGGAAAAGUUGCGGCAUUCGCACUGGGAGGAGGAAUUAUUGUUCUGCAAGUUGCUGCACAUCAAGGAUACAUCAAAAUAAAUUGGGAUAAAGUACAGAAGAAGGCAGAGAAAAUUACGGACAAAGUCGAGGAGAAAAUUACUGGCGAGGGACCUAAAAUGCUAGACAAGAUGGAGAGGUUCGUCGACAAGAAAUUAGACAAAGCUGAGCAAUUAUUAAAAAAUGGAGAGAGAAAUACGCGUCGCUGGUAUCAUUCAAUAACUGGCGAUUCCAGUUUCAAAGUGAAGGAAAUUCACAUUUUUCUCGCAGCCUUUGGAGCUGGUGUCGCAAUUGGCCUCGCAUCCGCCAACUAGGUGUCAUUAUGCUGUAAUCUGAAUAUAAUAAGUAGAUUUCGUUCGAGACUUUUGGAAAAACACACAUUAGAUCGACAUCCAACUGAUGAUGAAACAAUUAAUCAAUUGACGAGAAUAAGCGAAGGAAGAAAAUGGUUUUUGGAUCGUACAAAGUAAGAAAAAAUCCCUAAAAUUAGUGUCGACACGCUGAGAAUCGAAAAAUAUCUAUCUUUCACAAAACCAAAACAAAUUAUUCAAUUCAAUUUUUCUAAUAAUUUAUGCCUAACAAAAUCACUAAUAACUAAUAAAAAAAAAAAUAGUUUUCGAUGCUCAGCGUCGACGCCAACUUCUGGAAUCUGUAAGAAAAGAAGUAAAGAAAAAAGAAAUGAAGGAAAUAAAAAACAAAGAAAGAAGCUAAUUUUUCUAAUACUAAAAUAAUUAUCGUCGACCAAAUGAAACUUUCGCUCCUAGAUAACACGUCACAGUUUCUUUUUGACAAUAUAAUUAAAAACACUUAAAAAUCAAACACCCAAAAUAAAUACUAGUUUUAAAAAAUACACUAAAAAAAACUUUCAACCACAGAAUCCGAAUUAAGCAAAAAUUGAAAUUCUAUAACGAAAAUCAACGUUUAAAAAAUCCAUUUCGUUAAACAAAAUAAAAUUAAUUAAAUUGUAAAGUGUUGAAAUAAUAGAGAAUUUAAGAAACUUAGGAGAAAAAUUAAUUAUUAACUAAAAGUAGCUUCUACAAAUUUUAACAGAAAAAUUUCCAUAUUUUAAUUUCGCGAAAAUCUCGAAUUGAAGAAACAAAAUUAUAUUCAGACUACAGCAUGAGUUUAUACCAAAAAAAGAAAGGAAGAAAAAAAUCUCUUGUAAAAUCUACAAAAAAAAGUCAUGAUUGUAAACUCGAUGUAGAAUUUAAGGAAAAAAAACUGCGAAUUAUGUACUUUUUACGUACUAGUCUACGAUGAAAAUCGAUUAUUAUUUAUAUACUCGCGGGUAUGUUAAUUAUUCUUUCGUCUCAUCCUCAUUUUGGAUGAUACUAAUUUUUUUAGCUGUGAUUUCUCUCGAAUCUAGUUAAGAUAGCUCAGCUUUUUAUAUUGUAAAAAUACGCUUUUUCUUUUUGGAUAUUAUUAAAUAUCCUUCGCGAGUAUUACUUUAAUUUUUUCCAAUAAUUAAUUUAUUAAAAUACCAAUUUUCUAAAGUCUGAUUUUUUUUACGAAUUGGUAAUUUUCAAAAAAUUGCUAUUUCUUUUUUAAGUAUAUCGAAAAUACGGAAAAGAACAAAAUGUAAAUGAAAGAAAGUUUAUACUUGAAUUAUAUUAAAAUUAAAUAUUUAAUAUAUUUAAUACGAAUAUAAUAAAUAUUUGAAUAUUUGAAUUCACUAUUGAAAAAGAUAGAUUAAGGUCUUUUAAUUUUAUAUAGGCGAAUAAAACCUUUAUCCCUGAAUUUUCUCUGAAUUUUUUUUUAAUAGAGUAAUAUUUUUAUGCUAAACAGCAUAAAUCGUAAAAAAAAAGUUCCUGGAUGCGCGACUCUAUUGUAUUGAGACCAGGAUUAAAUAUAUUGACUACUCGAUUGUUGAAUAAUAUUAUUAACAUUUGUAGAGAGUUAAUUCACUGUAACGCGAAAAUAAAAAAAUUGAAUCCCUUGUGAAUGGGAUAUAAAUUAAAAACUAUCAGUA